AUGUUUGUAACUCGAAUAUCCACCGAAGACAGUAAUUUAAAGCCAAAAAGAGCCAAAAUAGAGACCCCACUGGUUCUGGGUUUCUUGGCCGACGAUAAGAUCGGAACUAUCCAACCCCAUGACAAUACUUUGGUGGUCACACUUAGAAUAGGGGGAUAUGACGUGAAGAGAGUGUUGGUAGAUCAGGGAAGUGCUAUCGAGAUAGUGUACUCCGACCUGUACAAGGGGCUGAAUUUGAAACUCGAGGACCUAACGGCGUAUGAUUCCCUUCUAGUGAGUUUCAAGGGGAAAACUAUUACUCCAAGAAGUCAGAUUAGAUUGCCCAUACAGACCGGUUCAGACCUGGUGGAAGUGGACUUUAUUGUAGUGGACGCUUAUUCAUCUUACACGGCUAUUGUGACUAGACCUUGGCUUCAUGCCUUAGAAGCCGUUUCUUCUAACAUGCACCAGAAGGUGAAGUAUCCAUCUGAUGGCCAGGUUAAAGAACUUGUGGGGAAUUAG